UAUAGCCUUGUAUAUUCCUCAAAGGAUCUGAUUCUGGCAUCUUUGGAUUCUUUUCCUUUCCUGUAAUCUGAUCCAUCUGUUUUUCAGCGGCUUUUCAUUUCCUGAAAUCCAUUCAUUCACUCGUUGGAACUGGUAACACUUUGAUUCUCAGUGAUUCACGCAUCAUUACCCAGACCAAAACUGGCUUCUUCCCUCAAUUCUCAUACAAAGUUGAAUCAAGAGUGUAUAAUAGAAUAGACCAGAAAAAACCAACAGGAGAUCAGAUUGGUAAUCGAGAAACAUCAUGAAGAUUUCUGACUUGGGACUGGUGUGUGUAUCAUGCACAGCUACGUUAAUCCAAGCAGAGAUCUUUUCGACGCCAAUUUACUCUGUAGCAAGAAACUCCACAUACGCGCAAGCAAAAAGGGCAGCUGCAAGAGAGGACAGGAUUGCGAGGAGUAGAACAAAUAGUCACAAGAAGAGUGAAGUGAAAAAAGAGAGAGCAAGGGUGUCAAGGCGGGUCAGACAUAAUGAAGAUGAACAAAAGAGGUUAAAAGGUCCAGUUGGUGGUGUGGAGAAUGAUGAUGAAUAUCUUGCGGCUUUGAGGGAAGGCAAAUUUUUGGACGACGUAAGAGCAAGAUACGGAAGUGGAGUGCCUGAAUGGGAUUGGAAUGAACUGGUAUGUGUCAUAGAUCUGGAAGUUGGAAGCCCACCGCAGAGCUCACGAGCUCUCCUUUCCAUCUCUGAUAAUGACAUGUUCCUACCGUCAGUUGAUUGUACGAAUACAUGCCAUUUUCAUCAACUUUACGACCCCUCUUUGUCAAACACGAAAACAUGGAUAGGCACUCUUUUUGCUAUGGACUAUGCCAGGUGUUCUGCAUUUGGAAACCUAGUCUCCGAUACCAUCACUUUCGCCGGCCUAACAAUUUCACAACAAUUCGGCGCUGUCGAUAGUGUAGGACGAUUCACAGAUCCAGAUUGGGGUAACUUGGAAUGGGAUGGGCUAUUUGGACUAGCCCCUUCAUCCACGCACUCUACGCACUCAAUUCCAAAUCCAUUCAUCAAUCUUCGUUCCCAGAAACUCAUUCAAACACCGGUCUUCACUCUUCUUCUUCCACAAACUCCAGACACUCCUUGUCUCCUCGCCUUCGGUAAAAUAGACCAUACACGCUAUACCGGCCCCCUCAAGCUUCUCCCUCUCCUAAAUCACACAAUUGCUCCGCAAUUUCGCUCUACCAUGCUCCCAGAUCUCAUCACUGAUCGCUGGCAAAUCCCUUACAAAUCUCUUACCAUCUCUGGCACAUCCUCCUCCUAUAACCUCCGUCCAUAUAUCGCCAUCCUUGAAAUAUCCUAUCCAGGCAUCGGUCUCCCUUCAUCUCUCGUCACUUCCCUCCACACCUAUCUCGGAAUGGAGUUCCGCGGCUACGAUGUCCCACCUUCCAUUUCCUGUUCCCGUCGUGAUUCAUUACCUGUCAUUACUUUACGCCUCGGGGACCAUAAAUUUCCUUUAACAGCAUAUGAACAUACUUUGGAAGUAGAUAGAACGGAUAUAGGUGGUCAUAGAUGUGUGUCGUUGUUUAUGGAGAUGGAAGAUGAGAUGGAAGGGGAUGUAAAGCGUAUUGUAUUAGGAAGUGGGUUUCUGAGGAACUGGUUUGGGGUCUUUAAUUUGAAGGAGAGGGAGGUGGCUUUUGGGAAGGUGGGGGUAAUUGGGAUUGUGGAAGAGAAAUAUGAAGUCUAGAGUCUAAAGAGAUCGAGGGAAAUUGUAAUGUUUGAGUUCAGGAACCGAGUAAAGUGGCUGGGAGCGAAAUAUUACAUAGGCAGAAGUGAAGACUUCGUAGUUGCUUAGUAUAAAGGUUAUCUCUAG